UGAUCCAGUAUUUCAGUUGACCCAGCUUAGAGCCCGGACCAGAAUCCAACAAGGACCCAUCUCGGAGCAGAGAUUAUCACCUUUGGAGGUCCCAGAUAGCCCGAAUCAUUGGGAAAUCUCUGCUAUUCACAAAGCAUGCGUCGAGAAAAGAAUCAGUACCUUGACGAGUAUGACGAAGCCACAAUUAAAGCCCUACACGGACCAAAGAGAUGUAUUCGGCAUUCGCAAUCAAGAUCCACGGAAGUCCACGUUAUUGAACAUCGUUCGACGAGCCAUAGAUCUCGACCUUCUCUUUUGGAAGCAGAAGGCGUUUUUCAAAUUCGAGGUAGACGCCAUUUCGCUCUCCAGACCUCUGCCAUUUGAUCCUGCUUGGAUGGAAGCCGAUGAUCUAGAAGCAAAGGAAGACUUCUUGGUCCAGAGAAGGGCGCCCGUAACAUUGUUUUGUGCGCCGGCUCUAGUGAAGUGCGGCACGCCUGAGGCAGAUUCGUUCGACAAAAGGGUUGUCAUAUGUGAAGCAGCUGAGGGGGAGGAACUGGUGGUGUUGGUAGUGGUGCACCCAUUAUGCAUAGUGCGUGUAUUGCGGUCAUGUGGAAGGUAACACUUGAAAUUCUUCGAGGAGAGAGCUAUACAAGUGUGUGAAUUCCAUCAAUACCAAGACGUGCCGCUGUCUUUGAGAAGGAUGAAUGCAGAGCUUGAUUU